AUGACCAUUCGUUCAUCGGAACCAAAAGUAAAGAUCAUAGUGGAUAGGGAUCCUGUUAAAACCUCUUUUGAAAAAUGGGCUAAACUCGGUCAUUUCUCAAAGACACUAGCCAAGGGACCCAAUACUACCACCUGGAUCUGGAACCUACAUGCUGAUGCUCACGAUUUUGAUAGCCAUACCAAUAAUUUGGAAGAGAUCUCCUACAAAGUAUUUAGUGCUCAUUUUGGUCAAUUAGCAAUAAUAUUUAUUUGGCUAAGUGGGAUGUACUUUCACGGCGCUCGCUUCUCCAAUUAUGAAGCAUGGCUAGGCGAUCCUACUCACAUUAAACCCAGUGCUCAGGGAGUUUGGCCGAUAGUAGGCCAAGAAAUUUUGAAUGGAGAUGUGGGUGGAGGUUUUCGAGGAAUACAAAUAACCUAUGGGUUCUUCCGGAUUUGGCGAGCAUCCGGAAUAACUAGUGAAUUGCAACUUUACUGCACCGCAAUUGGUGCAUUGAUCUUUGCAGCGUUAAUGCUUUUUGCUAGUUGGUUCCAUUAUCACAAAGCUACUCCAAAAUUGACUUGGUUCCAAGAUGUAGAAUCAAUGUUGAACCACAUAUAUAUAUGUGUGGGCUUAUAUGCAGCCUUGUUAGGUAACGAUGCAUCGGGAACAAAUUCUAUUUGA